AUGGCCCUUUUCGUGGCCCUAGGAAGUGGCCCUCCACGGCUCACACCAGCUAAACUCCACACAGCCAACCGGUUGAACGAGGUGGAGGAAAAGGAACCUGAGCCUGAGUUUGGAGACGUGAUCAAGAACGUUACGGUGCCGCUCGGGAGGGAGGCCGUUCUCUCGUGCAUUGUGGACAACCUCGGGACUUACAAGGUGGGUUGGAUGAGAGCGGACACUCAGACGAUUCUCAGUCUACACAAGCGAGUCGUCACGCACAACAACAGGAUAUCGGUGACUCACGAUGAACCGAGGACGUGGAACCUGCACAUCAGGAUGGUGAGGGAGAACGACCGCGGCUGUUACAUGUGCCAGAUUAACACGGCUGUUAUGAAGAAGACUCUCGGCUGCAUCGACGUGCACGUUCCGCCGAACAUCAUCGACAACGAGACAUCUAGUGACGUCACAGUCCCCGACGGCGAGAGCGUGACGCUGGUGUGCGCCGCCCGAGGGUAUCCGCAGCCGAAGAUCGAGUGGAGGAGAGAAGACAAGGAGAAAAUCGUUCUCCGGACGGGAAGGAAGGAGAGGCUGAAGAUGGAGGUCGUGGAGGGCCCUUACCUCAACCUCACCAGAGUCAACCGCCGCCAGAUGGGAGCCUACCUCUGCAUCGCCAAGAACGAAGUCCCGCCAGCUGUCAUGAAACGCAUUAUUGUCAACGUCUCGUUCGAGCCAACUAUCCAAGUGCCCAAUCAGCUGGUUGGGUCACCGCUGGGGUCUGACCUCGCUCUCUCGUGCAAGGUCGAGGCAUACCCCAAACCCAUCACUUUCUGGCGUAAGAACAAUGAAAUAAUG